AUGACCGUCAACAACUACGUCAAGACGAACAAUAUUGCGUUCGGCUUGAUGCUUCUGCACAUGAGCGCGGAUUAUCAUCACGUGGUUGAUGACUGUGAAGAGGCGUGGGUCGCGUGGGCGCGUUUGAAGACGCUGUACGGCGGGUCGCAGAAGGCUGGACGCAUCUACUUGAAGCGCCAGCUGUUCAGCAUGGAGAUGGCGGAAGGCGGCAAUGUGAUGCAUCAUUGCAACGAAGUCCUCAACAUCAGCGCGAAGCUCAGCAGCAUCGGCGCCAAGAUGGAGGACGAGGAUGUUGCGAUCUGCUUGUUGUGCAGCCUCCCCAAGAGCUACGAGAACGUCGUUCUCAACUUGGAGAUGAGCAGCGCGGAACUGCGAUCGCGAGACGUCGUGAGAGUGCUCACAAAUGAGCACAUCAAGAGGCAAGGUGACAAGACGACAUCGGUGAAGACUGAAGAUACGGCGAAGGCGUUCAGUACCGAGCGUGAACCUCGCCAAUGUACAUACUGCGGAAAAUUGGGGCACACGGCGGAGCGGUGCUGGACCAAGCAGAAGGACGAAAAUCAAGGUAGAGCUCGACGCGGCGGCAACAAUGCUCGUGGACGCGGAGCCAACAACGUUCAGUGGCGAACCAACAACAGCAACGACGACAACUUCGAUCGAGUUGCGUUCGCGGUUUCGCUGGAGGCUGGACUUUCGACGGGCAAGAAUAUGCCAGGGAUGUGGGCAGUCGACAGCGGUGCGACGCAUCACAUCUGCAACGACAAGGCCAAGUUUGCAAGCCUGAAUGAGCGAGAGGAAGGCGAACUAUCAGUGGCUGAUGGCAGCAAGGCUGCGAUCAAGGGUGUGGGAACCAUCAUGGAACGGGUGGUUCUGCCCAAUGGUGACGAACGCGAUAUCGAGAUCAAGGACGCACUGUUCGUACCAAGUAUGAGCAAGAAUCUGCUUUCGGUGCCACAGAUCAACAAGGGUGGCAGGUUCCAAGUCGUGUUCGAUGGAUCCAAGAUGCAAGUGAAGCGCAAGAAUUCCACACAAGUCGUGGCAACAGCGGAUCUCGUCGAUGGACUUUACUGGCUGCGGACUCCUCAACGAUCGGCAAAUGCAGGAACACGCAAUGGGACCAUCGACUUGCAUGCGCGCAUGGGUCAUGCACCCCUCGAAGUUCUGCGCAAGAUGGUGGCCACCGGCAUGAUCAAGGACGCCAAGGCACCUCUCAACUCGAAUGGUCCAAGUGUGUGUCGCGGUUGCCAGCAAGGAAAGAUGGUCCAAAAACCAUUCCCAACCAACCGUGACAAACGCCAAUAUGGUGUGUUCGAGUUGCUGCACUUCGACAUCUGCGGGCCAAUGGAACAAGUCUCGAUCGGCGGCAGCAGAUACUUACUGCUUGUGGUUGACGAAGCCAGCGGUUGCAUGAAGGGCUUCUGUCUGCGGUCCAAGUCUGAGAGUGAAGACUGUAUCAAGAACCACAUCAUCAAGAUUCAAACUCAGUUCGGCACGAAGAUCAAGUUUUUUCGGCACGAUGGAGCGCAUGAGUUUGCGACCAACUCCAUCAAGACCUUCUACGAAGAUCAUGGUAUCGAACAACAGAUCACGGUGCCGUAUGCACACCAGACCAACGGCACCGCAGAACGCGCGAUAAGGACCAUCGUCACGAUCGGACGCAGCUUGUUGCAUCAUGCAAAACUGGAGAAGUGUUUCUGGGCUGAAGCGGCAAUGACGGCGAUCUACAUCAAGAAACGCCUGCCUUCACCCAAGAUCGACCACAAGACUCCGUUCGAAAUCGUGUACAAGUCGAAACCAAGUGUCAACCACAUGCGCGUGUUUGGAUGUCGGGCAUUUAUCCUGACACCAAGGGAGAAGCGAUUGAAGUGGGACCCGAAGGCUCGUGAAGGGAUGUUCAUGUACUACGAAGAAGCGUCAAAAGCUUAUCGAGUGUACGACAUUGAGGCGGACCAAGUGGUGAUCAGUCGUGACAUCACCUUCGACGAAUCGACUUUUGAUUUUUCGAUGGACCGACCAAGUGACGAUGAUGAAGAUGUGGAGUUGGACCUCGACCUCCUGGCGAUCAACGAGGACGACGUGCGUCAAACCGUCUACAAGCAGACUGACAAGCGCAAGAGUGAAGCAAGACCCGGCAUGUCACGUUCAGCUCGCCCUCGAACUGGGUUGGAACAAGCAAGUGCGCCGGAACACGUCUCCAACCGUCACCAGAAACGACGAUCAAGUGCUCCAGAAACGAUGUCUGAUGACGAAGAAGAUGCAAGCGUCUACGAUCAAGAUGACGACUCGACGCCUCCGACAUUUUGGCGUGCAAGUGCAAACGCAGUGGAAGCAACGGACCUAGCAGAACCUGUGACUUUUCAAGACGCGAUCAAUGGUCCUGAUCAAGCUCACUGGCGAAAUGCUGUGAAGGCGGAACUCAAGUCGAUGCAUCUUCGUGGAGUUUUCCGUGCGGCAAAACUACCAAGAGGCCAAGGCGCGAUCGGCACCAAGUGGGUGUUCAAGAUUGAAGAAGUGGGAGUUAGACAUACCCUAUCAUGGGUCGAAUCUCUGGAGUCAAAUCCAGUGCAUCAUGCACUUACAACAAAGAUCAAGCGCAAAGCGGAUGGAUCGGUCGAGAAAUACAAGGCGCGUCUCGUUGCCAAGGGCUUCAAGCAGAAGUACGGCAUCGACUACACAGAGACGUUCUCGCCCGUGGUCAAGUACGUGACACUGCGUAUGGUGAUCGCGAUCACCAAGUAUUUCGACUGGCCACUGGACCAACUCGAUGUGGUGACAGCCUUUCUCUACGGAGUGAUGAAGGAGAAGGUGUACUGUGUGAUACCAGAAGGCGUCGAGAUGGAUGGCGACUUCGACUGUCUCGAGUUGGUGAAGGCGAUCUACGGUCUCAAGCAAGCUUCACGUGUGUGGAGCGAGACUUUCGACGAGUUCGUAUGCUCUAUCGGUUUCGAGGCGUCGGCGUUCGACCCAUGUCUCUACAUCAAGGUUGUCGACGGUCACUGUGUGCUCGUGCUGGUCUACGUGGAUGACGUGUUGGUCACCGGCAGCUCGCUCGAGUUGAUUGCGCAGACGAAGGCCGACCUCAAGACGCGUUUCGAGAUGACCGACAGUGGCAAGUGUACUUUUGUACUGGGCAUCGAACUGGUGGACGAAUCGGAUGGCAGCGUGACGAUGUGCCAGCGACGGUAUGUCAACGACAUCCUCAAGCGCUUCGGCAUGGAUGAGUGCAAGGCCACAGCAAGUCCGGUCGACUUGAGCACUCGGCUUGUCGCAAGCACCGAAGCGGCCAAGAUCGACGUUCCGUUUCGUGAAGCUGUGGGAGCUUUGAUGCACUUGACGACUGCGACGCGCCCGGACAUUGCGUAUGCUGUGGGGUACGUCUCGCGCUUCAUGGAGAAUCCGCAGCAAGAACAUUGGACGGCGGUGAAGCGCAUCUUUCGUUACUUGCAAGGGACCAAGUCGCACGGACUCCGCUUCCAGCCAAGCGACAAGAUCGACUUUCGUGGCUACUCGGACGCGGACUGGGCCGGCGACCACGCUGAUCGCAAGUCGACUUCGGGUUACACUUUUAUGCUGAUGGGUGGUCCUGUGAGUUGGGGAAGCAAGAAGCAGUCAAGUGUGUCGCUGUCGACGAGUGAAGCGGAAUACAUCGCACUGAGUCUGGCCAUCCAGGAAGGCAAGUGGGUGCAUCACCUGCUAUGCGAGAUUUUGGCGGCCGCAAACGAACCAGGACCGGACCUCGUCAUCCGUGAAGACAACCAGUCGUGCAUCAAGAUGACGAAGAAUCCGGUGAAUCAUGGCCGCGCCAAGCACAUCGACAUCAAGUACCAUCACAUCCGUGAUGAGGUCAAUCGCGGUGAAGUGAAGCUCGAGUAUUGCGAGACUUCCGUGAUGAUGGCGGACAUCAUGACCAAGGGACUUUCGGGACCUCGUCACAAGGACUUGACGACGGCUCUCGGCAUUCGUGCGAGUUCGGAUUGA